AGUUUCCGCUCAUCCACGAGCAGUGCGGUUAAUAUCACCGUCCAGCCUCCAUCGCGUCCUCCCUCCAACACUUCCAGGCGCACGACGAUGGUCGGCUUUCUCAGCCCAGAGAGUGCGCACUCCCCUCUCCCGGCAGUUCCGGAACCUUCGGACCCGAAUUACUUGGCUGAAGACAAUGUUGCGCCCUUUAUACCUCCCGCACCUGGUACGGGUAGUGAAUCGUACGCAAUGCCCUCGACCGCUGGCCCUCCCUCUUAUGCUGCACCACCGGUCGGCGUACCUUAUCCUGGGUCGUCUUCGUCGGGGUCAGCACCAUAUGUACCUUCUGGCUCGGCUCCUCAGCCUCAACCAAUGUUCGGGGGUCUUCCGCCCGGAUUCAUGCCAACUGGAUUGCCGGCAGGCUUUGUACCUAUGGCCCCGCCACUGUCAGCCGAACAGUAUGCGCAAACGCCGGGAGCUGUCCCAGUUCAGAUAGCUCCGCAACCUCCGAUCACCGUUGGAAACGCGAUGGUCAACCAACCUAGAACAGCCAACGCGCCUUCGCGGCCGCCAUCUGCUCCCGUGAUUCCUCGUGCGCCGUCGGUACCCAGCGUCAUGCGCGUAGACCCAGGAGCUGGAGCCCCUAUGCCCGGAAGUUUCGAGAUCGAGCCUGCAACAUCCGGAAUGCCGAGUAAUCCCAGUAACAGUGCUCCAGUACCUGCACCCGCCCCUACCGCCAUGCCGGUACCCGCGCCAUCUGUCGUCCCUGUCCCACCCCCGGGUGUGUAUAGCGACAGGUCGCGUGGCAGCGCGAGGAGAGCACCCGUCAACAUCUACGGUGGACGAGGUACUCCGGCGAUUCAGACUGAGCUCAGCCGCAACAUUCCAACCCCGGAGUCGUCCGAGCCCGACGACGAAAUCUCUUCGAGCUUAGGCAGCCUUGACACUUUGACAACACCACCGCAACGUCCGAAACAUAUGGCAGGCGCAACGCCCCGCUACGAGGAAGCACCACUGCCUAGCGGCGUGUCAUAUCCACAGCCGGGGCGGCCUGCUUCUUCCCGUUCGGCGCGGACGCGGACAAGCAGCGGUGGCACGACAAGCAGCGCCACGGCUGCUGCCGCACGGGUGCCGCUCCCGCCUUCUACAGUGGGAUGGAGCCCACGGACUGCAUCAAGCCCGUAUGGAUCGUCGUGGGGAACUAUCAGCACCAACAUGAAUGCCGGUGCCACGCCGGCACCUCUGAAUAGACCCUUCUCCAUCUUCUCGGACGCGCCGAAAGGCGGCGGCGAUCGGGAUUCGCUACGCGGGUCGAGAUUUGGCAGUGACGCCGGCAGCGAAUUCAACGACGAUCUCCUGGUGCGCUCCAACAACCAUAAUCCGAUACCGGUUCCACCACCUGGGGUCGUUACGCGAGCUCCGUCGGGAUCGGCGAGCGUGCGAGAGCGGAUCGAACGCUUGGGAACGAUCCUGGAUUCACCUCACCAGACCAAACGGAAGCCACAGGGCCGCUAUGCGGCUUCCGUCGAGUCGGUAUCGGACGACUGAGUACAUCUGGAUUAGUACUCGCCCUGCUUCCUUUGGUCGAAGAAGCGCGAGAAACCUUUGACUCGACCUCGCCAUCGAGCCCCUCUUGUGUAUCUCGGAGUGUACGCUCCAGUGACCACGGAAAAACGUUUGGAUGGCUUCCGUUCGAUAUUCUGGACGCUUGUGUCCAAUCGCCGAUAACAGGAGCGGGGCCGCGGUGGUCAUCUCACAUACGUACCAAGGGCCGGCUUAUAGCUGCACGAAUCUAGGACGGCUGAAAGCACAGUAUGCGGACGUCUGUGGCCACUACUACGGUUAUGGUACGUGAAAAAUAGAGUUCAAUACUUGCCAGACGCCUAGAUU